GAGGGUGCACGGAUCUCUAGUACGUCCUUGUCAGCCAUUUCCAAUGCGUCCUGUACUUCUUGUGUGGCUGUUUGGCAUAGCAUUUCUGCCAGAGAGCCAGCAGUUGGAAUCUUCAGGUAUAUCCCUUGGAAGUCUAUCACAGAAACCUUUAAGUAGCGUGGCAGGUUCUUUGAAUACACUCUCAAGCAAAGGUUCUAUUUCUAAGCAAUCUAAUAAUCAACCAUCCAACGGCCCUGAUCCUUACAUCGCCAUAGCGGAACAAGAUGCCCUAAGCAACACCUUUGGCAUAGAACAUAUUCAGCUUGCAUACAGAAACGGCAACACGAUGAGCAAGGCACAAUGCAUGCAAAAUUGUAGUAUGGAUGAUUCUUGCGUAGUGGCGAUGUACUGCAAUGACAGCCCAGUGGAGGAAAACUGUGCCAAUCUCCUGAAGUGCACCAUCACGAGGAGGGAGAAGGGACGCCUGUGUCACACGUACGUGACAGCUGACAACCCAAGCUACCUCCCACACAGCUACUCCGCCAGUUCGUGCCAGUACCUAAGUAUACAUCCGAACUGUCGCAACCAGCCACAGAUCUCCAACACCAACGUUGAUCAACAUCCAACACUGGAGGAGGGGGUCGUCCGAUACCGAUAUGUAUGUGCAGCUGGCUACGAGAAUUCUAACAAAGGCUCGGUAUUUGGUGUGUGCGACAAGCAAGGAAACUGGAUCUUUCCUUCUCUCGCCUGCAGACAAUCUCAGUCGAAAGGAGCCCCCUCCUCAUUAAUCAGCAUCGUCCGGAAAGCCACGGCAGUUGGAGGAAAGCAGGGUGUACAAGGUCCAGUUGAGAUUCAGCUAGCGCCACCAGACGUCGGUGGGUUGUUCGGUGAUUCGGCAGUUGCAGCCCGGCCUCCUCAGGAUGCACCAGCACCUGCCACAGCAUCCAACUCGGCGUUAGAACAGGCUGCACAGCAUAUCAAAUCUCAAAUCUUAAAUGGUGUGUAAAUCUGGACUACUGGUUAUAUCCCCAUAGCUUGAAUCACCAAAAUUUCAUUGUGGGGCAGUUAUAUGUGUAACACAAUAUUUCAUAAUGAAGGUGUACCUUCGUCAUAACUGUAAUUUCAGGGGACCAUUCAAUAAACAAUUGAACGCUG